GCCGGCCAUCGGUGGUGGAGUCGAGAGGCGGGGGCCGCUCUGGCCGGCGGACUCGCUGGUGCGGAGUCCCGGAAGCGGCGUUCCUCCGAGGCCGGGCGCGGAAUGGCGGAGAGUCCGGCCGCCGAGGAGGCGGCCCCGGCCGCGGUGCUGGCGGCGGCGGCGGCGGCGGGUAGCGGCGGUAACUCGGCCGGCCCGGGAGGCGGUGCGGGAAGCCCCGGUGUUUUCAUCCCCGCCGAACUAUGGGCGGCGGCGGGUUUCGGUGCUGCGACGCCGGGAGCCGGCGUCGCCCCGGGGAGCGGCGGGGCCCCCAUCGCGGCGGCGGCGGCGGCCGCGGGGGCCGCGCUCCUCACGCACUCCGCCUUUUGGGACCCCACCGUCAGCGGCGAUUGGGACAGCGAACGGCCCAGCCCGGCCUGUCUCCUGCGGAUCAAACGGGAUAUCAUGUCCAUUUACAAGGAACCGCCCCCGGGAAUGUUUGUUGUGCCUGAUCCCCACGACAUGACCAAGAUUCAUGCAUUGAUCACAGGCCCAUUUGACACGCCUUAUGAAGGGGGUUUCUUCUUGUUCCUGUUUCGCUGUCCUCCAGAUUAUCCCAUCCACCCACCAAGGGUCAAACUGAUGACAACGGGAAAUAACACAGUGAGGUUUAACCCCAACUUCUACCGCAAUGGGAAAGUCUGCCUGAGUAUCCUAGGCACUUGGACCGGGCCUGCAUGGAGCCCAGCACAGAGUAUCUCUUCAGUCCUCAUCUCCAUCCAGUCUCUGAUGACUGAGAACCCCUAUCACAACGAACCCGGCUUUGAGCAGGAGAGGCACCCCGGGGACAGCAAGAACUAUAAUGAGUGCAUUCGGCAUGAGACCAUCCGAGUAGCAGUGUGCGACAUGCUGGAAGGAAAGUGUCCCUGUCCUGAGCCAUUACGGGGCGUAAUGGAGAAGUCCUUCAUGGAAUACUACGACUUCUAUGAAGGGGUGUGUAAAGAGAGACUUUAUCUCCAAGGACAGACAAUGCAGGAUCCUUUUGGUGAAAAACGAGGCCACUUUGACUAUCAGUCCCUAUUAGUGCGUUUGCAAGGAAUUCGGCAGAAGGUGCAAGAGAAACACCAGCAGGAGAAUACAGAAAUAGACUCUGAGAGCAGCUCCUCUGAGACAGAGACAGACACUCAAGGUUGCUCUAAAGCUUAGAGCUGUGUUAACAGUGGAGAGGCCAAGCCGUGGGGAUGUUCUGUCUUCACACUCUAGAGUACCCCUGACAGACUCGACAACCAAACCAAUGCCAGAGCAGAGAAAACUGCGGGAUAUCUUCUGUCUCCUUUUACUGCUCUGGUGGAUAACGCUGAACGAGAAGACUUCAUGCUAGACAAAGCCAAGCUUGUGGCAGGCUACUCUUAAAAGGUACUUACUAUGCUAGAAAGCCGGAGCAUGUGGCAUCAGGUUAUUUUUUGGAAACACCUACACUGGUUGUUUUUUUUUUUUCUUUCUCUCCAUUUGAUUAAAGAAUGAGAUCUAGACUGCGAAUCCUCUUUACAGCUUUUCUGUUCCUAGACAGUGAGCCCUUCCCUGGGGCCAUGCUGAAUGUGGAGCUGUAGCUGUGGGAGCGCUUUGAUGAGUCCAGGGUAUGACAGGGCCCAUGCACCGUGUGCCCAGGCGAAACCUUUUCUGUGCGGGUUGGGAGAGAUGGAGCCUCUCUGCUCUAUGGAGCCCAUUUACCUGAUGUCUUUCUUCUAGACACUGUUCUAGACAGACCAAAGAUAAAGAGCAGUGGUGGAAUCUGGGCUCCUUUCUGAAAGCUUUACUCACGCCCUGGGUGACUUCGUCCACUGAGACUUCAGGCGCAAAGGGGCAGAUGAAAAGUGGAAACUGCAAGAAUCUGUAAAUUGAGUGCAGGUGUGUUCAUCCUGGCAUUUUGGGGAAGGGAGGGUGAGAAAACCAUUGGUCAGAGAUGGGGGGAGCACUUAAAAAUAAAUCUCGUUUGUGUAUUUUUUGUUUUUUUUCCAAGUGUUGAUUUGAAUUUAGCAUUCUAGACAUACUUUAUUCUGGCUGCUCUGAACGGAGCUGUUUUGUUUCCUUAACUGAAGUACUCUUUGCUUUCCACCUCUCUACUCAGUGUAAUAUUUUAUUUUCCUCCCUUCUUCCUCCUGUCACCUCACUCCCUGCUGCUACCUUGAUCCAUCAGAUUGAAACGCUAGAGUAAGGGGCAGUUCUAGCUAAGGAAGCCACUGUUCCUGGCUGGAGUUCUUUGGAGGUGUACGCCUUGUUACUGACAAAUUCCUUUGCCAAACUUGGCCGAGCGCAAGCUAGCUGAGUGUCAUAAAGUUUAACACUUCAGUGCAUUGACCGUUUUAAACAGCAGCUUUUUACUGUGAGCGAAGGCCGGCCUCUUGGAGAGGUGUCUGCUGGCUGCGAGUGCCAUUACAUCAAAAGAUGUAUUCGGUGUAACUUGGGUGGAGGUGAAAUACCCAGUUUCUCCAGGUAAAUGACCCUGGUGAUGAUUGAUUGGAGCAGUAUAAUGUUUUGUUGAUAAAGAGCUUAAUCUAAUUUUUUUUUUUUAGUAUUUUUAUGGGAGCUUUGAUAGAAAGCUAAGCACAAAGUUGCACAUUGUCCUGGGCCCUCUCCCAGUUUCCUUAAACACCUUCCCACCAGCUCGGCCCUGUUUCAGACUCCUGAUGGUGGUGGGAGAACUUCCAAUGCAGUCAUCUUUGUUCUAAAAAAAGCGCAGAAAGAGGGGCCAAAAGACCCCUGCCGUGUGCUGUACAGAAAGGCAAUGCCCCAUGCGUCACUAAAUUAUUUUCAGUCUCUGUGAUUUAUAUCAACUCUUGCAGAACUCAGAAGCCUGCACACCGCUUCUUCAGCAGCUCUGAAAAGCUGAAAGGUGGAAACAUUUCUGAAUUGUUAAGGUGCCGUUUAACAACUUGGGAACCUUUUUUCCCUUUAGCAAGCAAACUCCCCUGGGUCUGUCAUUGGCUUGAUUUAGACUUAAACCCUGUCUUCCCUCGAGGGAAAGCUGAACUUACGCAGGACUCACUCAAUACAUACACCAGAUGAGAGUAAAUAAUGCGGUGUUCACCUUGAAAUGAGGUCUCAGGGAGGCAGCAGAGUCUCCCGAGAAGUCAUGAGCUGUGUGCUACUUCACCGCCUCUUUAAUCCCAUUGUAAAUGUCACGUUGUUUUUCACCAUUCAGUAGCAUUGUGGGUAGAGCUGUGACUCUGCUGCCUUCCCAAGGCAGAGCUGGUUCUGAAAUCUGUUUGUGAUGCAUGUGGCGUUACCAUCCACCGAUACAACGAAACAAGAAAAUGCCUUAUUGUGGACACUAUUCACAUAACUAGCAUGUGGCUGUAAAAGAAAAGUAUUAGUUUUAUAGCUCUAAUGUUGUCUGUCCUACCAUUUCUGAAUGUUUCCAUUUCAAAGUGACAAUCCUCAAAUGACUGCUCUAGGCAGAGAUGUUUUAGCAACAGAUUUUUAGACCUAAUUGAGUUGAAAAUAUAUGCACAAGAGUCACUCUAAGAUACCUUGUUUAUAUACUAUUGUACAUAAGAUUUUUUUUGUGCAAUAAAGUUUGUUUUGGCAGAAUCUA